UAGAUACCUGCAACCUUGAUGGGCACACCAACUGUCCCAAGACAUUGGCCCCCCAUGGACCCUAUUCGGUCCAUCCCUGCCGACCCUUACCUUGAGGGCUUAGACAAGCCACAACCAUCAUUCGAAGAGGGCGUCGUAUAAGCAUACAUAGUGCGUGGGACGUUGUAUAGGUGUAUCAAGUCAGUCACAAAGAUCUAAGCUCGGCGUACUCGACAUACGCAAGGUGUCUGGUCGAUCCGUGGACUUCAAGAAUUUGGCUCGGACGCUUUGUAAAUCCUCCGUUCCGCAUGCCGAACAUCCGUUACCUUCCUCUCUUUCCUUUUACUAGCUCAAGCCUGCCUGCCCACUUCUCAACCUCGGCCUAGUUGCCGGUCUUGCAUCUGUGCGGGUGGCCAAGAUCUGCCCGUCCCCAAUUACUUUUUUUCAUUUUGCCCAUCCGAAAUAGCACGAGGAGUCUCCUAGGUCCACCAUUUGUUGUGCGUGACCUGAUCUCCAGAUCCCAAAUGGUCGAAUAGUUUGUCAAAGCCCACGAGCCAACAUCGCACUUUCAAACGACUACUACCGUGACGGAAUACUACCCCCUUCUUGCGUUUGUGCUGCCCUCGAUAACACGCCAAGUUGAAACAGACACACACAGCACCGGAAGAAGGGACGAAGAAAACAGCAAGUUCUAUUAAUUACCUGAACGGAGCCCUGAUAUAAGUCCCGGCACGCUGGAGACGAGCCGUCCGUUGGAGAGAGAGAUUCCCAUCUUUUUUGUGUGCUUGCCGAAACUUUCCCUCCUCGAGACUUUUGCGACACUGUCGAUUUCAACCCACCUAGGCAACAUCAACGUGUAUAGUCAACCACUCACCUACCCAAACAUCAGCUUACUCACCCGAAAUCUCUCCUUCCCGUCGACAUCAUCAGGCAUACACCACCGGAUCUAUCCACUCCUUGCUACCAAUCUCCCCUUGACGGGUGAGCAAACAUACCUACUUAGGUACAUCGGGAAGCGACAACAACUACUACGUACGACCAGCAAGCACCGAAUCAAGACAACGAUAGAGAUAAUAAAACCAAAGGCAAAAGAAGCAGAGAAUGCUAUCCAGGCGAUAGCACUCUGCCGACGUCGUCAAAAAAUGCGAAUCGCCGACAGGGCCGUGGUGGUGGUGGUGGUGGACAUCAUUUUCACCACACUGGCCUUUAUUACUGUGUGUUUCCGACUGUUUGCGAGGGUGGCUGUGGUUCAGAAUGUUGGGUCGGAUGAUUACUAUAUCAUUGGGUCGAUGAUAUCGUCGAUCGCAUAUCUUACUGUUGUAAUGAUGCAGAUCAAAGCUGGACUAGGGAGGCAUCUGAUGAGUGAAGAUGAGGUUGUUGGGUUUUUAUACGCUCUAUGGGCAACCAUCUGGAUCUACUCUCUCGCCCUCAUGUUCGUCAAGAUGUCCAUCACGGUGCAAUGCUACCGCGUCUUCCGCACUCCACGAAUGCAAAAGUUCUUCAAGAUUUACUUUGUUCUCGUCGUCAUCUACGGGCUCUGGACCGUCUUCGGCACCUUCUUCACCUGCUGGCCGGUAAAUCUCUGGUGGGAGAUGGUCCGGCGCGAACGGGCUCCCAAGGGGGUGUGCAUGGACAAGAACAUCAUCACUUUUACCAAUGCGGGAAUCAACAUUGCGUCGGACCUGGUGUUGGCGAUCAUCCCCAUUCCGCUGCUGUGGAAGCUGCAGAUCCCCAAGAAACAAAAGUUGGUGCUGACGAGUCUGUUUGGCAUGGGCAUGUUUGCGAGUGUCAUGAGUAUUGUGAGAUUGUCGUCGUUGCAGCAGAUUGGGGCGGCGCCGGCGGAGGAGCAGUCUGUCAUGGGCGUCUCCAUAGCCAUCUGGUCCUGCAUCGAAGUCAACAUCGCCAUCAUGUGCGCCUCCGCUCCGGCACUUAAGCCCCUCGUCAUCAAGGUCUUCCCCAAGAUGCUUCUUUCCGAUUUGUACGCCAAGACCAAAGGCGCUUAUGACGCUUCCAAAAGAUACAAGUUGGGCGGCGGCCACGGCGGCGGCAAAUAUGGAUAUGGAUAUGGACAUGGACAUGGACAUGGAGGAGACGGCAAAUCACUAUCCGAGCAAUCAGGUGGUAAACGCGGAACAACACAUAACAGAUCAGCCCAUAGAGGUAGUAUCGGCGGUAGUGCUAUGCGCUCCAUGUCUGGCAGCAGCAAUCAUCGUUGUCGACCGGGUGAGAUCCAGGUGGAGCACGAGAUUGAGAUGAAGAGUGUGCCGAUUAGUGAGGUGUUGGGAGGCGAGGAUGGUGGUGGUGGUCAUGGGAGCAACAUGCCUGUACAAAUGAACGCAACAGGAUCGGAGGAAGAUAUCCCGGGACGGAUCAGUCCAGCGGGGAGUGAGAGGAAGUUGGUGUGGCAGGAUGAGUUUCCUUAUCAUGAGUCGGGACAGGGACAGGGAGGCCCAGUGGGGAUGGCGAUGGCGAGGGGGAUGCCCACAGAGAGGGGGAUGGGAGUGGGAAUGGGGGUGGGAAUGGGAAUGGGAAUGCCAAUGGGGCAUGGGAAGAAGGUGACGACUAUUACGACUUGUGUGGCGACGAGUAGGCAGGAGACGAGUAGUAGGCAGGAGGCGAGGGAGGCUAAAGAGAGGGAAAUGGUUUGAUGAUUACCUAGGUAGCUACAGACAGGUAUGAUCAAAUGGGGAUAUGAAAUAAGGUAUCACUGAAUGGGUUGAUGAUUGUAAGAUGCCCUGGACUACGGUAGAGGUACUUUUCUUUUGUUUUCUUAAUGUCAUAUUACCUGCGGUACCUGAGGUAGACUGGGGAUAAAGAAAAUGAAGCAGACAUUCCGUUCCUGGCUGA